UCAAGCCACCCCACUUGCGAUAAAUCAUUGAACCUGCCCACGGGGCUCUCGGUGGACCGACCAGGGAUGUGGCCUUUGCCACCACCAUGCCCACGGUGGACGACGUUCUAGAGCAGGUCGGGGGCUUCGGCUGGUUCCAGAAGCAAGCCUUCCUGACACUAUGCCUGCUCUCUGCUGCCUUCGCCCCCAUCUACGUGGGCAUCGUCUUCCUGGGCUUCACCCCGGACCACCGCUGCCGGAACCCCGGGGUGGCCGAGCUCAGCCAGCGGUGUGGCUGGAGCCGGGACGAGGAGCUGAACUACACCGUGCCCGGCCUGGGGGCCGAGGGCGAUGCCUUCACUCGCCAGUGCCGCAGGUAUGAGGUGGACUGGAAUCAAAGCGCCCUCGGCUGCGUGGACCCGCUGGCCGGCCUGGCCACCAACAGCAGCCACCUGCCCCUGGGGCCCUGCGGGCACGGCUGGGUGUACGACUCGCCCGGCUCCUCCAUUGUGACCGAGUUUAACCUGGUGUGUGGCGAUUCCUGGAAGGUGGACCUGUUUCAGUCCUGCGUGAACGUGGGCUUCUUCCUCGGCUCCCUGGGAGUUGGCUACAUUGCCGACAGGUUUGGCCGCAAAGUCUGUCUCCUGGGGACCAGCUUCAUCAAUACCAUCUCGGGCGUCCUCAUGGCCUUUGCCCCCGGCUACCCCUCCAUGCUGUUCUUCCGCUUCCUGCAGGGGCUGGUCAGCAAAGGCAGCUGGACAGCGGGCUACAUCCUCAUCACCGAGUUUGUGGGCCCAGACUACAGGAAGAUGGUGGCUAUCUUGUAUCAGAUGGUUUUCGCAGUGGGCCUUGUGCUGCUGGUGGGCAUCGCCUAUGCCCUGCCUCACUGGCGGUGGCUCCAGCUGGCCGUCUCCCUGCCCACCUUCCUCUUCGCCUUCUACUACUGCCCCCCUCGUAGGCUGCUGGGAGUGACGUGUGACUCCCUCCUGACGCUUCUCUCCCCUUUCAUUCUGCCGCAUGACAUCCACUGCGUCUCUCUCUCCCGGGGGUGCGGCCUUCUUGCCUGCCACCAGCAGUUCUUGGCGCCUCCUAAGCCACAGUGCUUGCCGUUGAUGUGCAUUCUCUUCUUGCUCAGGUUCACCAGCUCUGUGAUUUACCAGGGCCUCAUCAUGCACAUGGGUGCCUCCGGUGGGAGCCUCUACCUGGACUUCCUCUACUCUGCCCUGGUUGAGUUCCCCGCCUCCUUCUUCAUCAUCCUCACUGUGGACCGCAUCGGCCGCCUCUACCCGCUGGCUGUGUCAAAUCUGAUGGCAGGGGCAGCCUGCUUCACCAUGAUUUUUGUCUCCCAUGAGCUGCAUUGGCUGAACGUCGCGGUCGCCUGCGUUGGCCGGAUGGGAAUCACCAUCGUGUUUCAGAUGGUCUGCCUCGUGAACGCCGAGCUGUACCCGACAUUUGUCAGGAACCUUGGAGUGAUGGUGUGCUCUUCCCUGUGUGACGUGGGUGGAAUCAUCACUCCCUUCCUUGUCUUCCGGCUGACGGAGGUUUGGCAAGACUUGCCUCUCAUGUUGUUCGCCGCCCUGGGCCUGGUGGCUGGCGGAGUGACGCUGCUUCUCCCAGAGACCAAGGGGAAGGCUUUGCCGGAGACCAUUGAAGACGCCGAGAACCUCUGGAGGACAGGAAAACCCAAAGAAAACAUGAUUUACCUUCAGGUCCAGACAUCAGAAUUCUCUGGUGCCUAAGAGCAAUGUGCCCUGGGGACAGAGGGCCAAGAGGCGGGCUGUGGAGCCAUCGAAGGAAGAUGGUCUGGAUGCCGUUUGAGUCUCCCCUCUCCCGUCUGCCAUCAAAUCGAUACACAUCCUGAAGGACUGUGUGAGGGGGCUCCUUGGAUUCUUUUGUACCCGGGUGUCUUUGAUCUCCCUCGCCUUCUAGUGGAAGCAAGGACCCAAUUAUGGAAAGUAUCUUGAAGACUCAAUAGAAUUCCAAGGCUGCACAAUAAAGAAGGGUUUUCUGGAA